GGGGGCUCCGCGGAGAGAGGAGGAGAAGCCGCCAGGGCAGCCCCGGCCGGCAGGAGGCGGCCGGGGGGCUCCGCGGAGAGAGGCGGAGAAGCGGCGGCGGUGCCCCCCCUGAGGCUGCGGGGGGUGCUGUCGCAGCUCAGCCUGGGCCGGCGGGACGUGUCGGAGGCGUCGGGGCUGGUGAACCAGGUGGUAUCGCACCUCAUACAGGCCAUCCGCGGCAGGGACGGCGGCUUCGGCUCCAUCCGCAGGCUGGGCGCCGGCAGCUACUACGAGCGCCUCAAGAUAUCUGAGCCAAAUGAGUUUGAUAUCAUGCUUGUAAUGCCUGUCAUGAGAAUUCAGCUAGAUGAGUGCGAUGACACCGGAGCCUAUUAUUAUCUAACGUUCAAAAGAAAUCCAAAGGAAAAGUAUUUGAACAAGUUUUUAGAUGAAGAUGGAAAAUUAUCAGCCAUUAAAAUGCGUACAGCACUAAGAAAAAUUAUUAAAGAAGAAGUAAAAAACAUUAAGGAUGUGGAAGUAACUGUGAAAAGAAGUAAGGUUGGAAGUCCUGCAAUAACUCUACUGAUCAAAAAGUCUUCAGCAGAAAUAUCAGUGGACAUCAUCUUGGCUUUGGAAGUUCAGCAGAGCUGGCCUCUCAGCACUCAGGAUGGCCUCAACAUUGAACGGUGGCUAGGAAGAAAAGUCAGGAGAGAGCUCAGAAAUAAACCGAUUUAUUUAGUAGCCAAGCAAAACAAAAAAGAAAAGGUUCUAAGAGGAAAUACCUGGCGACUCUCUUUCUCACAUAUUGAAAAGGCCAUGAUGAACAACCAUGGCAGCAUAAAGACAUGCUGUGAAACCGAUGGAGCAAAAUGUUGUAGGAAAGAUUGUCUGAAACUUCUGAAGUAUCUUCUAGAGAAACUUAAAAUGAAACAUGCAAAAGAAUUAGAAAAAUUUUGUUCCUAUCAUGUCAAAACUGCCUUUUUCCACUCGUGUGUCAUUUGGCCAAAUGACACAGAUUGGCAGUACGAAAACCUGGAACACUGUUUUCAGAAUUAUCUAGGGUAUUUUCUGCGUUGUUUGCAAGAUUCUCAGCUGCCGCACUUUUUUAUUCCCCAAUACAACUUGCUCAGCCUGGAUGACAAAGCAAGCAACAAUUUCCUUUCCAGACAAAUAGGCUAUCAACUGAACAACGGAUUCCCAAUAUUUCAGCAGGGAUAUUAAAAAAGUUAUUUACAGUAAUUACCUGAAAGCAAAUCAUGUAGAUUUGCAUAUUGUAAAACAUGUUUAACACCUAAAGCUACAUCUCAGUAGUUUGAUACUA